AUGGGGAGGGCCGACGAUCGGACCUCACCUGCUGUGAGCUCGAGCUCGGAUAACAGCGGUACAAAACGAAGCCGCAAGCACCGAGAUGAUGAGCCCGUCGCCGGUGCAACAGAGCACACCAAAAAGAAACACAAGAAGCGCAAGUCAGACCACGGUGUCAAUGGCGUCAUCAAGACCGCCCACAGGAGGCUGAGCCUGAGCAACGCCGCUCGCGACCCCCGCGACGAGCCCCCGCCGAAGCCCAAAAAGAAACCCGAGGCCCCGACGAGGUCACCAAGCCCCGUCAUAGACUUUGAUGGCUUGAGCAGGCCAAGCGUCGGGACCCGAGAAAGAUUGGAAGAGACCCCAGAGCAGGCGGCGGAGCGGCUGGAACGCAUGCGCGGGGCCGUCAGGACUCUGCUGGAAUGUGUCGGUGAAGAUCCGGACCGGCAGGGCUUGCUGGCCACGCCCGACAGGUACGCCAAGGCUCUGCUCUUCCUCACCAAGGGCUACCAAGAGAACAUAAAGGACAUUGUGAACAAUGCCAUAUUCCACGAGGGGCACAACGAAAUGGUCAUCGUCAAGGACAUUGAGAUUUUCAGCAUGUGCGAGCAUCAUCUGGUGCCGUUCACUGGCAAGAUGCAUAUAGGCUACAUACCUGCCAACUCAGUUAUUGGACUUUCAAAGCUGCCCCGUAUUGCAGAGCUCUUCGCCCGCCGUCUGCAGAUCCAAGAGCGUCUGACCAAAGAGGUGGCGAAUGCAAUCUUUGAGGUGCUCAAGCCUCAGGGUGUUGCCGUGGUGAUGGAAUCCAGCCACUUGUGCAUGGUGACGCGUGGUGUCCAAAAGACGACCGCUACUACCAUCACCAGCUGCGUCCUGGGCUGCUUUGAAGGCCGGGAGAGGACGCGCAAUGAGUUCCUGAGCCUAAUUGGGGUCAACAGACACUAA